UACGACGCAUCCGAGUAAUGUCCACACCCUGAAAAGUCAGCAAUUACGAGGAUAAAGAGAAUGCGAGCACGAAGUAUGUCCACAGCAUGGCAUUCGGGCACAUCCUUAGUUUCAUCUUAAUAUGAUAUUAUUCGGUCGCAGUCUGCUUCGCCACGCAGUUGCGCCAAUGGGACUGGUCAUUGCAGUGGCUGCCUGCCAUGCACGCAACGGGCCGUGCAGGGGUCGCUCUAGCGGUUUGACAUAUGCCUGAGCGACCGUUCCAGGGAGUGGGUUUGGACGGCUCAAGAAUGUUUCGUCACUCUCGUUGCAAGCAUUGCAUUUACAGAUCAUUCCGAGUUUGUUCGUUUUGCUGGCAUUUCCUACUGCGUUCGGACUUUGUGUUGGGUCGCAUUGUAGGGAUCUGCCUCACUAUAGGGACUUGCAUUGCAUGGGUUUCGCAAGGGUCUGUUUCCUUCUCUGCAUCACUCGAGUGUUAGUUUGUUGGUACGCAUGGGGUUGCCUUCGGUCUUUCUUACCUCUUUCCUUCCACCUAUCAAAGUUCGCCAGAUUGUGCUAUUUCUCCAAUUACUCUUCUUUAUUCUCUCUUUCUUUCUCACAUCUACUUCUCACAGAUCGUUCUUUAUUCCCCGGAACUUUUCUACAAUUCUUAAUAAUACUUUAUCUUGUCUCUCUUCCUGAACUAUAUUCCUUCGCCUCUCACUCUAACACUUUUUCUAAUCCCAUGCACCCGGUGGUUCAGAGCGUCGUUGAACGGAUUCCCCCCAAUAUUUGCCCAAUUUUUCUCUAUCCUCUCUGCUUUGCCAUGUUUGUGUUUUGCUGCACCCUUUUCCUCCAUCUCCAAAUAAUAUCUUUACUCUCGCAUGGUUUGAGGGGGGUGUCGGGGUUGUUGGUGUCGGUCUGUCGGUAUUGGAUUUCCAGGCCCCGCGGGCUUCGGAAGGAUGGGGUUCUACAAUCGUGACAUUUUUCCAAUCAUACUGCUAUUUAUUGAUUAUCGGCUAUA